AUGUCUACCGAUAAUAAUACUAGAAACGAUGAGAUAUACCCGUUGGCUUUGUUGAUGGAUGAGUUGAAACAUGAUGACAUUGCCAAUCGUGUGGAAGCCAUGCAAAAGUUGGAUACAAUUGCUAUUGCCUUGGGUCCAGAAAGAACUAGAAGUGAAUUGAUUCCGUUUUUGACAGAGGUAGCACAAGAUGAUGAAGAUGAAGUGUUUUCUGUCUUGACUGAACAAUUGGGUAAAUUUACACCGUAUGUGGGUGGUUCCGAACAUGCUACUUUAUUGUUGCCAAUUUUAGAAAUAUUGGCUUCAACCGAAGAAACUUUGGUAAGAGAUAAAGCUGUAGAUUCUUUGAAUAACGUCGCUCAAGAAUUGUCUCAGGAUCAAUUGUUUGAGAAAUUCAUUCCUUUGGUAGAAAAUUUGGCUACUGCAGAUUGGUUCUCUUCAAAAGUUUCCGCUUGUGGUUUGUUCAAGUCUGUUGUAGCAAGGGUUAAAGACGAUACUCUAAGAAAAAAUUUAUUAGCAUUGUAUUUACAAUUGAUUCAGGAUGAUACUCCGAUGGUCAGAAGAUCCGCAGCCAAACAUUUACCAGAAAUUAUCGAUUUAUUUACACAAAAUUUAGAAUUAUCAACUAAUGAAGAUUGGGACUAUAUUUCAAACAUGUUUCAAAGGGUAUUGGACGACAAUCAAGAUUCCGUUAAAUUCUUGGGCGUUAAUUGUUUGAUAUCUAUUUUGAAAUUUUUCAAUGCUAAGAGCGAUCAUUCAAAUUCACGAAAUCUACUAGAUUCCGCCAAAAAAUUAAUAACAGAUGAAUCUUGGAGAGUUCGUUACAUGGCCGCUGACCAUUUCACAGAUUUAGCUUCUCAAUUCGAGCAUGAUGAAUCUUUGUUAAAUGAGCUGGUUGAUCCAUUUUUAAGUCUAUGUGAAGAUACAGAAGGUGACGUAAGAAAGGCAAUUGCCAAACAAUUACCUUCUUUUGCAAAGUUAUUGCAAAAUCCAACUGUGGUUUUAGAAAAAAUUUUCCCAGCUGUAAGGAAUUUAAGUUUGGAUGAAAACGAAGCAACUAGAGCUUCUUUGGCUUUAACUGUAACUAACCUUGCAGAAAUUUUGAACAAAGAACAAGUAGUUGACAAGUUGGUACCAAUCUUACUGGAUAUGUUAAAAGAUGAAUUCCCAGAUGUUCGUUUAAACAUUAUUGCAAACUUAAAAGUAGUAAACAACGUUAUUGGUGUCGAUAUGUUAUCUGAAUCAUUAUUGCCAGCUAUCACAGAAUUGGCUAAUGAUAUGAACUGGAGAGUAAGAAUGGCAAUUAUCAAUUAUAUUCCUAUCUUAGCAGAACAAUUGGGUAAAGAAUUCUUUGACAAGCAAUUACGUGACUUAUGUCUAUCUUGGUUGUGGGAUACAGUUUACUCUAUAAGAAGUGCUGCUGUACAUAACCUGAAAAGAUUAACUGAAAUAUUCGGUGAUGAAUGGAGUCGUGAAGAAAUUAUUUCAAAAUUACUGAAGUUCGAUUCACAACUACUAGAAAACUUUGUUUACAGAUUUACUUUACUCUCUGCAUUGAUGGCGUUAGUCCCAGUAGUCUCUCGAGAAAUUACCACAGAACAAAUUUUGCCAUUUAUUAAUCAUUUGUCAAGUGAUGGUGUUCCAAAUAUCAGAUUUAAUGUUGCCAAGGCAUACAUAUCUAUUGUAGAAUCAUUAAGUACUGAUUUACCAAAAUACAAAGAGUUAAUUAAUGACACCAUUAUCACUUCCCUGAAAACCUUGGUACAAGAUGAUGAUGUUGACGUCAAAUAUUUUGCUAACCAAAGUUUGGAGAAAUGUAAUGCAAUCUUAAGUUAA